GAAGGUUUAGUUUUCGCGACUCUCAAUACUAUGAGAAAAGUAGUGUGCGCAGCUAUUGUAGUUUUUCUUACAAUCGAAGGCUUAGCGAGGAGUGAUAGUGCUUUUAUCACUAAUGGGAAGUGUGUGCAGUCCACGCCAUUUUUAUGGCAGAAGAAUAUAUCCAUUUCAGCCGACUGUAAUUGUCCUCCCAAUUUCAUCGCCCUGAUUUAUGAGGAAAAGAAGACAACAUUUUGUGUAAUGCUCACAAAGCCACAAGAAUGGAGUAACGUUUGUAUUUCAUAUGGAACUCCAGAUGACUACUACGAAGUAACCGUCAAGGAGAGAAAAGCUAUUAAUUCAUUUCUAAGAAAAGUGAACGUGACUGAGUUUUGGAUAUCAGUGCAAAGAGCAAGCCCUUACGAUCCUCCACUGAAAAUGUUACCUGGAAGAGACUGGGGACUGCCGUUGGAUUUUGACGAGGACUACGAUUUAGAGGUUGUACAAGAAUCUUCUGGCAAUUGUCUCAAAGUAAACAUCAAUCCUAAUUACUCUACCGCUACCUAUGAGGAUUGUAAUAAAAAAUAUUCCCAUUUGUGUGUGUAUAAAAGACCGACAAUGCUAAGACUACAUUGCCCAAAUGGUGCAUAUACGACUCGUUACACAGAGUUCCAAGAAUACUGUUUCAAUAUUGUCAAAGUGUCAUACGCUAAUAUGAGUAAAUACGGUUUAUUCGAUGUGGAUAGUAAAAGAAAAUUUCAACUGUAUCAGAACCUAGCCAGUGAAUCUGAUGUCAAAUGCGAAAAUAGCAUUGUACGAUCCGAGUUGACCUACCUUAUCCAGGUGGCUCAGAAUCCAGUACAAGCAAAUGAAAAUGCGAAUAUUAACGAUGUAGCAAUGCGGCCCGAUGGCACAAUGAAACUGACCAAGGAAUUUGAUUGCAUUGCGUACCAGAAUAAAAGUUAUAGCAAGUAUUGGAAAAUGCCUGAUCUGAAACUUAAUUUUGACCGCAUACACAAAACGCUACUGUUGGUGAUUACAAAUGGAAGAUAUCUUUGGCGCGACGACGAUAGACAAGUUGGAGUAGUUUGUUACACCGAUGGAGAUACGGAAUUGCUGAAGGCUGUGAGCAUAAAACGCAAAGUUUGGCCUCCGCCACUCGAUCUGUACAGCGAUGAUGAAGACGAUAAAAACGAUGAGCAGGAAAUAUAUGAAUUAAAAUUGUAUGGUGAUUUUCCCGGAUACUACUGGUGCGAAGGUCAUUCUGUUAAUAAUUUUACUCGCAUUCAAUCGGAGCGAAUUAUUGCACAGAAAAAGGAAUCCGAUGUGCAUGUUUAUGCGAUCCUUCUGGAAGUUUACGACAUAGAGAACGAGAAUUUUUGGAAGAAAAACAACCUUAAAACGUUGAUGAAAGAUUAUUUGAUGUAUCUCAAAUUGUAUGACAACGAUCAAGUUAGUAAAUUGGCUGGCUUACUGAAAGGAAUGCACGUUGUGAAAAUUGAGCUCACUAAUCAGUUAUUGAAGAGAACCAAUCUUAUUGUUCAUGUUGCUGCAAAAUACAUCGCUGAACUAAUAAUUCCCAGCUUGGAUGGAACAAAAUGCUCAGGCUGCGAAGACUUCGUUCGGGAGCACUACCUGUUGAAGGAGACACUCAAUAUUUUAUUUGCAACUACCAGCAACGAAACGUACCGUUUCAAGGGCAUAAACAGUACGGACAUUUGUUUGCCGCUGGACAGAUAUAACGGUCUUAACUGGCCCCAUGCUAGAAUUGGACAGACAAUCGCGCCACUGGAGUUAUGUCUCAUCGAAACGAGUGGACUUCCAUUGACUAGAAAAUGCGUAGGUAAUCGGAUAUAUGGCGGAGUUUGGCAUCAACUUCAGGGAAACGUGGUAUGCGGAAAAACUGUAAACACCCACACAUUGCAGCUGUUCAACUACUCGGAAGUGCCCAUGAAUAUCGCGAAAAUUUCCCAAGUCAUGAAUGAGAUAGACCACCUCAUGGAUUCAGCAAGCGAUCUAAUCCCAGCGGAUUUAUUUUAUAUUUCGAAAACGAUGGAUAACUUGAGAACUGCGUUAUUGAAUAAUGGUAGCAGCAAUUUUGCUCUAAUUGAUGAUCAGCGUGAUAGAUAUUACUGCGACAUAGCUAGUAUUCUGAAUCGAGUAAUGAACAUGAACGAAUCUAUUGUGCUCCGGUCACAAGUGGCACUUAACGCGACAAACAUUUUACUGGAUUCAACGGAUGACAUAAUAAAUCGUUUAUCAGUCGCAGAAGCUGUGGAUUUCUUCAGUAGAGAUAGCUUGAAUUGUGUCGACGAGUUAGAAAUUCAGCAUGGAACUAUUUUGGUUAAAACACCGAGAUUGAUUCUACUAGUUGUGGAUCCAUCAGUCAACAAUAAAUCUGGACUGGCAAUAACCAGAGUAAAAAAUGAAGAUUAUUCUAUCGAUCAUAGCUUUGAUGCAUAUGAUACAAGGUUGAUAUCUGCUGAUGAACUUGAGUACAGUAUUCUUAUGGAAGAAAAUUUGGAAAUCGCUGCUUUUGUACCCAUGAAACUAUUGGAUAAAAUUAAGUUGCUCAACAAACAGAUCGGUAAUGACACAAAUGAAUACACAUUCCGCAUAGUAGUUUCAGUAUAUUUCAAUGAUAACGUUUUUAAAGAAACAACAAAUGGUUCUAUACUACGCGCAAAUGGUAAAGUAAUAAGUAUAACAAUUCCUGGAUAUAGUUCAGAUUUGCCGGGAGAAAUUCCAAUUUUUAUAAGAGAUCGUGACAGGCAACAAAACAGCAGCUGUGGUUUCUGGAACUUCGAACCUGUAGAUGGCGAUAUGAUGCCGAAGUGGUCCUUUAGGGGUUGCAAAUUACAUACAGAACACAAUGGAAUAACAUUAUGUAAAUGUUCUCACUUGACACCAUUUUCGCGACUUUGCGUAGACAUUCAGCACAUUGAUAGUGAUGACGUUCUUCAGAAGUUUAUUGGUGAAAGCACCAUUUUUACUUUAGACGUAAUUUCAUCCAUUGGAAGUGCCUUCUCAUUGUUGGGAGUGUUGGGUAUUUUUAUCACUGCCUUCUUAUUUCCCACAUGGAGGCAAACUGCCCAUUCUAAAAUUCUGUUACAAUUGUCACUUGCGAUUACAUUUGAAUUGGUUAUUAUUUUUCUUGAUGGACCUGAUAUCAAUUACAAUGAACAAAGCAGUAAAGUACAAUGCACUCUGCUGGGAGGAUCAUUUCAUUACAUCAUUUUGGUGACCUUUAUGUGGAUGUUGGUGAUUUCAUAUCUGCAAUUUUUGCGUUAUGUUAAAGUUUUAGGCCGUCUGCGCCCCUCCCGAUUUAUACUGAAAGCAUCUCUUUUGAGCUGGGGCUUGCCGCUGGUUCCAGUAAUUGUGUUUACCGCAGUCGAUUACACGAUGUACCACAAACAAGAUAACAUUUCCGAUAUUUGCUAUCCUCAUGGACCGGCCUUGUACUUCGGAUUGCUUUUACCCAUUGCCGUUGUCAUUUUGGUGAAUAUGACAAGCUUUCUUUUGAUAAUAUAUAAUGUAUUUAGUGUUCCUGAUAACCUGACUCGUUCAUCAGAUAGAGAUCUCACAUUAUCACAAAUCAGACUUUCCAUUUUUUUGUUCUUUCUCCUUGGUUUACCGUGGAUCUUCGGAAUGAUGGUCACUAUUGGAGCUGGGAAAAUAUUUUCAUAUCUGUUCUGUAUAACAGCACCACUGCAAGGAUUCAUCUUAUUUGUGUAUUUCAUAAUAAUGAACCCAAUUGCCAGGAAAUUUUGGUGUUCCAUGUGCAGGAAAAAUGAUAUAUCAAAAAAUGACAACGACAUGACGGUUACAUCGCAUCCACAAACCACCCAACUAACUUAAUAAACUACAUUCCUUAUUAAUGCUAAAUG